AUGGAAUUCUCGUGCUUGACAAGGCUUACAUUGCUUUAUUUGGACUUCGUAAAUAUAUCAGCAAAUGGGUAUGAAUGGGGUCAGGUCAUUUCAUCUUCACUGCCUAACCUGCGAGUUUUGAGCUUGAGGAAUUGUCAUCUUUCAGGCCCUAUUGAUUCUUCCCUUCAAAACCUUCAGUAUCUUUCAGAAAUCGAUCUGUCUGCGAACAAUUUCUCAUCUCCUGUCCCGGAUUUCUUUGCCAAUUUCGCAAAUUUGACAGUUUUAAUUCUGAGUGAUUCGGAAUUCUAUGGAACAUUUCCAAACACCAUAUUUCAGCGGGUACAAACACUGGAGACUCUGGAUUUGUCAGGGAAUCAACUACUCUAUGGUUCUUUACCUGAUUUUCCACAAAAUCAGCCCCUUCGGAAUCUGGUGCUCCACUACACUAGUUUUUCAGGGAAUUUACCGGAAUCUAUUGGGAAUUUGAUGGAGCUACAAACGAUAGAUAUUUUCGGGUGUCAUUUCAGCGGACCGAUUCCAAAUUCGCUGGCAAACCUUAGUCAGCUUGUUUCUUUGUCUUUUGGAUCAAACAAUUUUGCAGGUCCCAUACCUUCGUUUCAGCGAUCCAAAGAUCUCACUGACAUAAACCUCUAUCAGAAUGCUCUAACAGGUCCAGUUCCUUCCAUUUACUUUGAAGGCCUUGCAAAUCUUGAAAAUAUUGAUCUCGGAUACAAUUCCUUCAACGGGAGUAUUCCUUCUUCCCUGUUUUCCCUUCCCUCUCUGCAGAGAAUUGAACUUUCCAACAACCAAUUCAGUCAUGAAGUUUCUGGUUUUCUUCCAAAUGGUUCUUUGUCUCCUUUGGUUACACUAGAUUUGAGUAGUAACAAAAUACAAGGGCCUAUUCCCUCGUACUUCUUUGAUUUCCAAAGUCUCCAACAACUCUAUCUUUCUUUCAACAACUUCAAUGGCACCAUACAGCUAGAAAGUAUCCAUAGGCUUCAAAAUCUUACGCACCUUGACUUUUCAUACAAUAGCUUGUCAGUCAAUGCAAGUAUCAGUAACUCUAGCUUAUCAACAUUUCCCCAGCUCCAAACACUACAAUUGGCUUCUUGCAAGAUGCAAAAGUUCCCUCCUCUAAUGAACCAAUCUCAGUUGUUUCAUUUAGACCUUUCGGACAACCAAAUUUCUGGGGUAAUACCUAAUUGGAUUUGGAAUCUUGCUCAUGGAUUUCCGACUACCAAAUUUGUGGGUUAUCUGAAUCUUUCUGGUAAUUUCCUACUCCAUGGUGAAAUCCCAAUACCACCAGAAUCAGCAAACUACGUGGACUACUCAAGGAAUAACUUCAGCUCUUCUCUUUCUGCUGACAUUGGCAAAGCCAUUGCUGCUGCUAAUUUCUUCUUUAUUUCAGAUAACAUGCUUUCUGGACCUAUCCCUCCAUCAAUAUGCAAUGGGAGCAGCCUACAGAUUCUCGAUUUGUCCAACAAUAGACUUACUGGCAAUAUACCUCAUUGUCUUAUAGAUACUGUUACUACGACCCUUGGCGUACUGAAUUUGCAAAACAACAAUCUUACUGGUAACAUAACAGGGACAUUCCCCAAAGGUUGUGGUUUGAGAACCCUUGAUUUGAAUGGAAAUCUCUUCGAAGGGCAGGUUCCAAAAUCCCUAGCCAAUUGUGCAGACAUGGAGGUUUUGAACCUUGGAACCAACAACAUGAAUGGAAACUUUCCAUGCUUCUUGAUGAACUUAUCCAACUUGCGCAUCUUGGUUUUACGAUCCAACAAAUUCCAUGGAAGUAUUCAGUGCCGAGAAAUCAAUAAUACUAUCUGGCCAAAGCUCCAAAUCAUUGACCUAGCUUUGAACAACUUCAAGGGUAUUCUACCUUCAAAAUUCUUUUCACAGAGGAAGGCAAUGAUGGAUGGGGGUAAUGCACAACAAGAUCUCAAUCACUUGCGGUUUGCAAUGUUACGUGAUAAGUACUACCAGGUUUCAGUCACAGUUAUCAUCAAAGGGUUAGAAAUGAAGCUGGUCAAGAUCUUAACUAUAUUUACGGUCAUCGAUUUCUCAAAGAACAAUUUCAAGGGAGAGAUACCAGAUAUAGUUGGGGAUCUGAAAUCCCUCUAUGUUCUCAACCUAUCACACAAUGCCCUCACUGGUUCAAUCCCAUCAUCACUUGGAAACUUGACACAGCUUGGAUCACUUGACCUCUCGUGGAACAAGCUCGGUGGAAGCAUCCCAGUGACACUUGCGAGUCUGACAUUUCUUUCAUUCCUAAACUUAUCAUACAAUCAACUCAUUGGAAUGAUCCCAACAGGCACCCAACUUCAAUCAUUUCCAAGAACAUCGUACGAAGGAAACAAAGGAUUAUGGGGAGCUCCUUUGACCACUUGUUGCAAGGAAGCAGAAUUGGUUCCGCCACCAUUGGAUGGUACGCAAUCAUAUACUGAAGAUGAUGAGAUUAAUUGGGUCUACAUAACCACUACGUUGGGGUAUACAGUGGGGUUUGGAGUUAUUGUCGUGCCACUUUUGUAUUCGAAAAGAUGGAGACAAUGCUACUACAAACCUCUUGAUAGAGUUAUUGUGAGGAUUCUCUAUCAUCGAGAGCAGCGAUCAAGAAAUCAAAGAAGAAGAAAUAACAUACACCAGCUUCGGAGACGCCAACGCCCCUGA